AAACAAAAAAUCAGAUAGUAACGCUCCAAAAUUUUCCAUCUCAAAUUACCUCUUCAUUUUCUCAAAAAGCCAUCCACAUUUUUUUCUCUCUUCACAUUAGUACAGAAAAGUCUAUAUCUUUAUACAGUUUUGGUGCUCAUUGUUAAUGGGAAACGAUAAGGGUGGUACGAUGGUUAUGGAGCAAAGCAAUAACCUCCAUAGCCGACCAAAACUAGGAACUCUCUUCAAAUCUGAACCUUCUUUGUUUCCUACCGGUGCCGAAGACGACGAAGUCCCCAAUCGUAAAAGCAGCGCAUCAAUGGCGAGCCCGAGGUGUUCCAACAGUACGACGACGAGCGGUGAGGGUUCGCCGUAUAUCAUGUCACCGUGGAUACAAGCUUCUCCUUAUGUCAAAUCACCAUGGGUUAUUAACCCAUCUAUGCUCCAAGCUGAUUAUGGCCAAGAUGGGCUUAUUGCUUCCAUUGUAAGAGAAGAAGGUCAUAUUUACUCGUUGGCUGCGGCUGGGGAUUUGGUUUAUACGGGUUCCGAUAGCAAGAACAUCCGUGUGUGGAAAGAUUUGAAGGAAUUUUCAGGUUUUAAAACUAAAAGUGGAUUGGUUAAAGCCAUUAUUGUAUUGGGUGGUAAGGUAUUCACCGGUCACCAAGACGGUAAAAUCCGUGUGUGGAAAGUCUCAUCGACGACGAGUCCUAGCGUACACAAAAGAUUAGGCAGUUUGCCGACGUUCAAAGAUAUAAUAAAAAGCUCUGUUAAACCGAAGAACUAUGUUGAAGUUCGGAGGAACCGAAAUGUUCUUCGGAUCAAACACUUCGAUGCCGUUUCUUGCAUGAGUGUAAACGAAGAGGUCGGGUUGUUAUAUUCAGGGUCUUGGGAUAAAACCCUGAAAGUUUGGCGAUUAGCCGAUUCGAAAUGCUUGGAAUCCAUCGACGCUCAUGACGAUGCCAUUAAUUCCGUGGUGGCCGGAUUUGAUAGCUUGGUGUUUACGGGAUCAGCUGACGGUACGGUCAAGGUAUGGAAAAGGGAAUUACAAGGGAAAGGAACUAAGCAUUUCCUGGUCCAAGUGUUGUUAAAACAAGAAAACGCGGUUACAUCAUUGGCCGUGAGCCGAGAAUCGGCGGUGUUGUACUGUGGGUCGUCGGACGGGCUCGUUAACUUCUGGGAACGCGACAAGCAUCUUUCCCAUGGUGGGAUUUUACGGGGACAUAAAAUGGCGGUCCUCUGCUUAGCCACAGCGGGGAAUUUGGUUUUCAGCGGGUCAGCCGAUGGGAGCAUAUGUGUAUGGAGACGAGAAAAAGGUGGUAUCCAUAAGUGUCUCUCGGUCUUAACCGGUCAUACCGGUCCAGUCAAAUGCUUAGCCGUCGAGGAAGAUGAUCGGACGUCGAGGAAAACCGACCGGAAAUGGAUCGUUUACAGUGGUAGCCUCGAUAAAUCCGUCAAGGUGUGGCGCGUGUCUGAAAACGCGCCAGAUAUGAAAGAGAUUAAGCAAGUGAGUUGAUUCCCCUACAUUCUUUUUUCCAAUGUCAAAGUCAAAAAGGUCAGAGAAAAAGCGAAGGAAGAUUAGCACGCGCAGACACGGAAGCGCGGUAGGCGCGUCGUUGUUUGGUGGUCCAAUCCCUUAACGGUGAAGGCAACUAUUUGGUAGGUGUGGUCGGUGCCACGUGUAAAAAUGGAGUUUUUUAACCACAUGUCAGAGUGCCAGGUCAGUGAAAAGUUAAAAUUUCGAAGUUUGUUCCAUUGUUUAAUUUUUGUAAUUUAAUGUUGUAUUAAAAAAGGCACAUGGUUAGCCUCCAUGAAAUGUCUUUUUUGAAACAUGAAAUGUAACUUGUAACUCAAGGUUGACAAAAUUUAUUGAGCAAGUUGACUUUUUUCUGCUCUUUUUUUGGGAAUUUUAAUGUAACCGGGACCAAGGGGGUUCCAUUGGUGUGUGAACAUAUUUACUGUUUCAUUUCUGUAAUUUUUUAAUUUAAUUAAAGCUGUUUUUACUUUGUAAAA